GCUUGUAAUCUAUUGCAGUUGGAUUAUUGCUAAUGUAAUUCUCGUCAUUGUUUUUCAUCGCGAGUUGUUAAUAAAUAAUAUUGUUGUAGGGAACUCGGGCGGUUCAUCGUUUUAUCGGUACUUAUUCUUAAGUGUAUUGAGUGAUCAUUUCGUGUUUUCGUUAACUUCCGCGUAGAACAAGUACUCGACUGUACGUUUGAAGCGGACGUCGUCGGACACCGAAAAAAUGUACAAACUACCCAGCCUGGCGAAAAUGGCGUACUACGCGUGCGACAAUAUCAAACGUGACAAGUUUGACUUGCUGGACACGCCGGACAUCGAUAUGCGAAAUUGUUGCGAGUCGCUGUUAGAAUUAUUCAAAGUCGACAAAGACCAAGGCGAGCACAACGAUAGGCAGACAAUGUUCAGGAGGUCUCUGUUCGCCAUCAAUGACGAUAUUUUUAAACACAUAUGCGAGAAGGCAGCGUUCAACGGGCACAUUGAAUGUCUGAAACUAGCACACGAGAUUGGCGUGCCUUGGGACACCGUGCCUGGACGGACCGGUUUCAGUGGUAAAGCGUGUAAUCUGGCGGCGAAAGCCGGCCAUCUGGAAUGUCUAAGGUACGCCAUUGAAAAAGGGUGUCCCUUUGACGAGGAUAUGUGCAGCAACGCCGCGAUGAACGGACACCUGGAGUGCCUGAAAUACGCAAGGGAAAACGGGUGUCCUUGGUACGUGGAUACGUGCAGUAACGCCGCGAUGAACGGACACCUGGAGUGCCUGAAAUACGCACGAGAAAACGGAUGUCCUUGGUACGAGGAUACGUGCAGUAACGCCGCGAUGAACGGACACCUGGAGUGCCUGAAAUACGCAAGGGAAAACGGGUGUCCUUGGUACGUGGAUACGUGCAGUAACGCCGCGAUGAACGGACACCUGGAGUGCCUGAAAUACGCACGAGAAAACGGGUGCCCGUGGAACGAGAAGACGUGCAGCUACGCCGCGAAGAAGGGACACCUGGAGUGCCUGAAAUACGCAAGGGAAAACGGGUGUCCUUGUGACGAGGAUACAUGCAACUACGCCGCGUUGAAUGGACACCUGGAGUGCCUGAAAUACGCGUGGGAAAACGGGUGCCCGUGGAACGAGAAGACGUGCAGCAACGCCGCAAAGAACGGACACCUGGAGUGCCUGAAAUACGCACGGGAAAACAAGUGCCGCUGGGACAAUCAGACGUGCGAAAACGCCGCGUUGAACGGUCACCUGGAGUGCCUGAAAUACGCAUGCGAAAACGGGUGCCCGUGGAACGAGAAGACGUACAGCAACGCCGCGUUGAACGGUAACCUAAAGUUCCUGGCUUACGCACUGGAAAACGGGUGCUCGUGGAACAAGAAGACGUGCAGCGACGCCGCGAAGAACGGACACCUGGAGUGCCUGAAAUACGCACGAGAAAACGGGUGCCCGUGGAACGAGAAGACGUGCAGCAACGCCGCGAAGAACGGACACCUGGAUUGCCUGAAAUACGCACGAGAAAACGGGUGCCCGUGGAACGAGAAGACGUGCAGCAACGCCGCGAAGAACGGACACCUGGAGUGCCUGAAAUACGCACGAGAAAACGGGUGUCCUUGGGACAAGGAUACGUGCAGCAACGCCGCGACUAACGGACGGUGCAUCAGCAUCGGGACACCGAACAACGAACCAUGGUUUAGUAUGGAUGUCGGUAAUAUCAGUAACUUCAGUACAGGUAACCUAAAGUUGUUCGAGGAUACGUGCAGCAACGCCGAAACUAACAGACAGGGCUUCAGCAUCGGGACACCGAACAACGAACCAUGGUUUAGUAUGGAUGUCGGUAAUAUCAGUAACUUCAGUACAGGUAACCUAAAGUUGUUCGAGGAUACGUGCAGCAACGACGCGACUAACGGACAGUGCAUCAGCAUCAGGACACCGAACAACAAACCAUUGUUUAGUAUGGAUGUCGGUAAUAUCAGUAACUUCGGUACAGGUAACCUAAAGUUGUUCGAGGAUACGUGCAGCAACGCCGAAACUAACAGACAGGGCUUCAGCAUCGGGACACCGAACAACGAACCAUGGUUUAGUAUGGAUGUCGGUAAUAUCAGUAACUUCAGUACAGGUAACCUAAAGUUGUUCGAGGAUACGUGCAGCAACGACGCGACUAACGGACAGUGCAUCAGCAUCAGGACACCGAACAACGAACCAUUGUUUAGUAUGGAUGUCGGUAAUAUCAGUAACUUCAGUACAGGUAACCUAAAGUUGUUCGAGGAUACGUGCAGCAACGCCGAAACUAACAGACAGGGCUUCAGCAUCGGGACACCGAACAACGAACCAUUGUUUAGUAUGGAUGUCGGUAAUAUCAGUAACUUCAGUACAGGUAACCUAAAGUUGUUCGAGGAUACGUGCAGCAAUGCCGAAACUAACAGACAGGGCUUCAGCAUCGGGACACCGAACAACGAACCAUGGUUUAGUAUGGAUGUCGGUAAUAUCAGUAACUUCAGUACAGGUAACCUAAAGUUGUUCGAGGAUACGUGCAGCAACGCCGAAACUAACAGACAGGGCUUCAGCAUCGGGACACCGAAAUACGAACCACGGUUUAGUCUGAAUAUCGGUAAUAACAGUAACUUCAGUACAGGUAAACUAAAGUUGUACGAGGAUACGUGCAGCAACGCCGCGAUGAAUGGACACCUGGAGUGCCUGAAAUACGCACGGGAAAACGGGUGCCCGUGGAACAAGAACACAUGCAGCUACGCCGCGAAGAACGGACACCUGGAGUGCCUGAAAUACGCAAGGGAAAAUGGGUGUCCUUGGGACGAGGAUACGUGCUGUAACGCCGCGAUGAACGGACACCUGGAGUGCCUGAAAUACGCAAGGGAAAAUGGGUGUCCUUGGGCCGAGGAUACGUGCAGUAACGCCGCGAUGAACGGACACCUGGAGUGCCUGAAAUACGCAAGGGAAAACGGGUGCCCGUGGAACGAGAACACAUGCAGCUACGCCGCGAAGAACGGACACCUGGAGUGCCUGAAAUACGCAAGGGAAAACGGGUGCCCGUGGAACGAGAAGACGUGCAGCUACGCCGCGAAGAAGGGACACCUGGAGUGCCUGAAAUACGCAAGGGAAAACGGGUGUCCUUGGGACGAGGAUACGUGCAGUAACGCCGCGAUGAACGGACACCUGGUAGUGCCUGCAUUACGCACGGGAAAACGGGUGCCCGUGGAACGAGAAGACGUACAGCAACGCCGCGUCGAACCGUAACCUAAUGUUCCCGGCUUACGCACG